UGUAUGUCACCAUUUGCUUCAGCAGGUGACCAAUCUUUUUACCCUUUCUUCUCUCUCCUAAAAAACAAUCAUUACACUCCCUUUUUUAACUUCUAUUAUUACUAUACUAAUCUAAUCUAAUCUACUACGGAGUACUACUAUCAUUUGUAUUAUUCUUGUGAUCCAUCCUUAAAUUUUAUUUUAUUUGAAUUUUAUGCUUCAUUCACUGUUGAAUUUCUGAUAAAUUCUUUCUAAGUUUGAAGUAAAGAGCAAAUUGGAUGCGUUCUGGGUGUGUUGAUACCAAAACACCGUGAUUUCGAUUUUCGUGGCGAAAUUAUUGUCAAUUUGAACUAGAAUGUGAUGCUUAGUUUUUUCUUUUGAGGGGUUUGAUUUGAUAUUUCUGUAAAUUCAUUUUCUCCUUGUUUUGGGAAUUCUUUUUAUACCCAUUUCGAUUCGUAUUGUCGACUGAUCCCUUCUCAUUUGGGUAGCCCAGAUCAUUUACUUUUUAUAUACAUAUAGUUUUUUUUUUUUUUUUUUUUUUUUCUGGGUGUGUAACAAAAGGCUGAAGGAAGAAGAACGGAGAAAAGGGAAUCUGCUUUCUUUAUGCAACUCUGAACAUGGGUGAUGAUGGGAGUAGUAGUCAAAUGGGGUUCCAACAUAAUGGUGAAGUUGCACUCAAUUCGCCGCCUCCCGGUGUGAACUCGAGAUCUAUGACAUUAAGUUCAGUUUAUGGUUCUAGUUGGGAUCAAAUGGUUUCACUCAGUGGUCAAAGUGGGAAUUUUGGUGAUUCUUCAAUGGUUUCUCACGGUGAAUUGUCAAAACCUUCCUCAUACCCAAUGUUGAUGGAAUCCCAGGGGAUUAGCAGCUUACACCUUGCUAAUUACCCUGCUGAUCAAAACCUUGCUCAUCAAAUGUUGCCAAAGCUUCCGUUGUUCGGAGGCCGGAAUUUCCCUGAAGUUGUUGGUCCCUUUGGCCUUGCUGGGGGUUCACAUACUCCUAAUGCUCUCUUUCCUCAUAGUUAUGCCUCUAAUAGAAAUGGGUUGGAUGAGAAACAAUCACCGAAUGUUGCACAAGCUGAGAGAGGAUGCCAAAUCGCGGAUGGGAGAGCUGUAGGAUUAUCACCAAAUGGCAAGAGGAGGCGAGACUCUGACUCACCUUCGCCGACUAAUGAGAAUCCUGAUGGAGACCCGCAAAAAGGCCAUUCAAGCGAUGGCUCUGGUCAGAAAGAACAAGAUGAUAAAAAGAGGAAUUCUGUUGCCAAUUCGUCCGGAAAGCAAACAGGAAAGGAAGCGAAAGAUGACUCUCAAGGCGAAGAGCCUCCUAAACAAAAUUACAUUCAUGUGAGGGCGAGACGUGGUCAGGCUACAAAUAGUCAUAGCCUUGCAGAAAGGGUGAGGAGAGAGAAGAUCAGUGAGAGAAUGAGACUUCUCCAAGAACUUGUUCCAGGGUGUAAUAAGAUUACUGGGAAAGCUGUAAUGCUGGACGAGAUAAUAAACUAUGUGCAAUCGCUACAGCAGCAGGUUGAGUUUCUGUCGAUGAAACUUGCCACCGUGAAUCCUGAACUAAAUUUUGAUAUCGAGCGACUUCUAACCAAAGAUAUUUUGCAUUCACGAGGUAACGACUCAUCUGCUCUCGGAUUCAACCAAGGAAUAGGCUCCUCCCAUGCUUUUUCUCAGGGUAUUCAUCAAAGUUUGACUGUUUUGCAAAAUUCAGCUUCACAAUAUCAUCACAUGCCUCAGGCUGUAUGGGAUGGUGACCUGCAAAGUCUUCUUCAUAUGGGUUUUGACUCCAACUCAGCUGUUGGUGGUAUAGGACCAAAUGGAAACACAAAGAGUGAGCUGUAGGAUUAUUAUGGAAAAUACGCAGGUUCUGAUCUCUCCUAACUGAAUUCAAUAUUUAGUUGACUGCGCAAUUUGACUCGACUAGAAAACGAAGAAACAUUAUUUUUGCAGGCAAAAAUGGAAAUCUAAGGCCUUAGUGUGGUGUUGUAUAGAUGCUCAGUUCCUGACUUUUCUUCGAGUUUUAGAGAAGAAGGUGACUUGUUAGAUUCACAACUUCUUUGUAAAUUGAGAAAGCUGUUUCAAAACUUGUUAAAGACUAUCAUAUUUUUUUAACCCAAGGGUAAUUUGUGAACACAGCUUUAAAAUGUUUUGCUUGGUAUGUGGUUAGUAGGAAAUUUUUUUUGUAAAGGGAUCAAGUUUACAUUUGAUAGUAUCAGAAUUCAGAAGUGAGAUUGAGUUUUC